UUUAUAUUUAUUCAUUCAAAUUUUUAAAAUUUUUCUCUCUCGAGAGAUAUCAUAAAUUUUAUCCCUUAAAAAUUAUUUAAUCUGAUUAAUAAUUUUAAUGAAUUAAUUAUGUAAAUGAAUAAAUUAUUGUAUUAUUAGUGAUAUAAUGUGGAAUUGGAACAAUUUUGAGAAUUUUUGGUCUGGUGGUAAUAUUUAUCAAAAUGCAGCUCAUACGUCAAAUUAUCGUUGUUUCUCAGUCUCAUUCGCAGGUCGCGAAUCCAUGGAACAAGGCAAUAAAAUAUUAUUACCGCAAUCUGCGUUACAUGAGUUGGCGAGUCGGAAUAUAUCGUGGCCGAUGAUGUUUGAGAUUCUGAACCCGAAGAACUACAAGCGUACCAACGGCGGGGUCUUAGAAUUCAUCUCCGAAGAAGGAACUUGCAAUAUUCCAUACUGGGUGAUGAACAAUUUGGGUUUGAAUGAGGGAGAUGUGGUAACGAUAACAAAUGUGUCAUUGCCUAAAGCCACCUGGGUUAAACUUAAACCCCUAAACGAAGAUUACUGGGAUAUCUCAAAUCCACGCGCUGUAUUGGAGAAUGCGUUGAGGAAUUAUGCGACGUUGACAGUUGGUGAUGUCAUACCAAUUCAUUACAUACAAACCAUUUACCUCUUCCACAUCAUGGACCUAAAGCCUGCCAAGGCGUGUAGUAUAAUUGAGACCGACAUGGAGGUGGAGUUUGACAUGCCAGUGCCGGAGCCAAAAGAGGAAGAAAAUGACAUGGAAACGGAUCCGGAGCCUAUAAUAGGCAAAAGAUUAGACGGGAAAACCCCAAGAUUAGCUAAACCAACCCCUGACACUACUAAUAAAACACCCUGGAAAAAUAAAUUACCCAAUGGCAUCAGAGUGUAUGAUGAGGAAUAUGAGCGUAUGGUUCGGAACAGGCGGAUUUCAUAUUCUCGUCGAUAAUUCCAAUUUUUACCCUAAAAUUAAAAUUUUUCAGUCUUAAAUAUUAAUUUUA